AUUCCUAAGGCUUCUUUGGAAGGUGAACCUCCACGAAAGAAAAGAGAGAUCCUUUUAUAGGCUUUCGGUGAUUGGCCUCUCUUUACUCUCUCUCUCUACCUUCCUUUCCUUACUCUUUACCCUUUCUUCUCAUAAAAACAGAGUUCAAAGAAAAGUAUGAUGAAUCAGCCUCCAAUGCUAAGCUUAAAUGAAUGUUCCUCUCGGUUUGGAACAUCCUCAUACACACACACCCCCCAAAGCUAAAGCUGCAAUUUCUGACUUCCAAACCCUAUAAUUCCACAACCUUCCCUUGUUCUUUCUCUCUCUCUCUCUCACUGUCUCUUUCACUCUCUUUGACUCCGAACACCUCUAUAUACAUUUCUCUUUUUUUAUUUUUUUAUUUUAUUUUUUUCCAUUUCAACUAACACCCUCACCUUACCCAAUACCCACCAUAAAUUUUGAAACUUUUUCGCGGCUACUCCUCAAAUCCCAAGAAACCAACACCAAAAACAGAGUGGUAGUGGUUCCCCUGUUUUGAGAGUGAAGAAAGAAACCAUGGCAAUAGAAGUAUGCUCUGAGACACCAAGCGCAGGAAUCAGCCCUAGAAUCUCAUUCUCUCAUGAUCUCAAGAACACAGAAGGUGCUGUCCCCGUGGAGAAUCGCCACCUUGGAUCGGACCUCUGCAUCUUUGACUCAACCGGCUCCGAUUUCGUGUUCUGCAUCACAAAUUCCAUAACAGAACAACUCUCUUCAGCCGAUGAGCUUUUCUCCAAUGGCAAGAUUGUUCCAAUGGAAGUGAAGCGAGUUUCAAAUGCCCCACGUGAACCCUUACCCCAUCAUCGACCCCGUCCUCGUCCUCGUUCUUCAAGCACUGGAGGAGGAUUCACAGAGAAGAAGAGGCUCAAGGAGUUCUUAUCCGCAGAAUCCGAUGAUGCAGAGAACGAAGAAGAGAAGCCAUCUUCAAAGUAUUUCUGGCAAUUCAAGAGAAGUAGCAGCUUGAAUUUCGAUACGAAUCGUGGGAAUGGGUUGAUUCGUUCGCUGCAGUUUCUAUCACGGAGCAACUCAACUGGUUCUGCUCCGACUCCGAAGCAAACAGAGUCACAGAAACAGAGGUUGCAGAAACAGUGCUCUGUUUCGAGCCGAAGGUCUUCAUCUUCAUCAUCUUCUUCCAGUUCAAGUACAUAUUAUUUCUAUAAUUCUUCUCAGAAACCUUCAUUAAAGAAAAGUAAUGGAUCUUCUGCUAAUGGUGUUAGAAUUAGUCCUGUUUUGAAUCUACCACAAUCAUAUAUCCCAAAAGCAACUGCAAGAUUCUUCGGAAUUGGUUCACUCUUCUGUAAUGGAAAGACUAAAAGGAAGAAGAAAUAAUAUUUAUUUUUUAAAAAAACAUAUAAUAGUUAUUUAUUUAUUUAUUACGUAUAUUUUUAAUUUCUC